AUGGUGGCCGAGGUGGUUAUGGUGGUGGAGGAUAUGGACGGGGUGGUUAUGGAGGUGGUUAUGGACGUGGAGGCUAUGGCGGUGGAAGACAUCAUGGAAGACAUCAUGGAAGGGGAGGUUAUGGAUAUGGCCCCGUUUUUCUGGUCAUCUCUGCCGUCACUACAGUUGAGGCUCAGAGAGGUUAUGGAGGCGGAGGAAGAGGUCAUGGCGGAGGCAGAGGAGGCGGAGGGAGAGGUCAUAACGGCGGCAGAGGAGGCGGAGGAAGAGGUCAUGACGGCGGCAGAGGAGGUGGACAUCGAGGUGGCGGAGGAUAUGGAGGAAGAGGGGGUGUUCUCUCAGUUGAAUCAGAUUAUAGAGGAAUAUGUGAUAGAAAAAUAUAUCAUAGAAGAGGACAGUUUGUUGGAUAUACACCACAAAAUCACCAAAGAAUUCUCCAUUAAAAACAUUGAUAAAUAG